UCGAGGUGGGUGACGGCAAGUCUCUCGUUGCCGAGCGGUGUUGCGGUGUUGUUGUGUCAAUUAGGGACGCGAUUUUGGGCUUGAAUGGGUUACGGGCUACGUGUACCGCGUGCCGUGCGGUGUCGAAAGAUGACGAAGAAGCGUGCAAAUAGAUCUUUCGUUUCUUCAAGCACUUACUGCUGGGUGUUUCCCAAUCUUUCCGCUGUACGCGUGUCAGGGUGGUUCUUGCUCUAAUGGCCAGUUAGAACGCAUUCUUGUGCACGGGCAGAGGUGAAUUUGACAGAAGUAGCGCUAAGUGUGAAACGUGCACAACCGUUUGUUGUGUUAAGACGAUGCAACGAAUGGCGAACAGUCUUGCAGCGGUGUUGCUACUUCUGUGCUUAUCAGCCUUGUGUUGGGGUUAUCUGCAAGAAUGUGACCCCGAGCAAAGGUGCGUCCAGCUGGCACUGUGCGGACAGUAUCUGCAUUACGUGAACGAACCACCGAAGUAUUGGCCGCCCAGUGUACGGGACGAGGCGCUUCGGCAGCUGUGCGAUGUUCAGAAGGCUGCCAAUGGUUCCAAGAUCUACUACAUCUGCUGCAAUCGUAAGGAAAUUCUGUGUGGCGUUACGCGGGUGCAAUUGAUCGCUUACGGUCAGCCGGCCCGAGCAUACGCCUUCCCCUGGAUGGCACUGCUGGAGACGAGUGUCAGCGAUGAUCUUCCAUGCGGCGGCAGUCUCAUCAGCGAUCGUCACAUACUGACGGCGGCUCACUGCGUUAAGGCACGCAAAGUCGUUGGCGUGCGUGUUGGGGUGCAUGAUCUCAACGAGCGCCAGCGGGACUGUGACGACAGAAUUCACUUCAAAGACGACGAGUACGAUAGUGGCGAGAGUGAGGAGGAGGAGGAGGCAGUGGAUGGCGCUGAGUACUCGGCCAGCUGUGGACCGCCCGCUCAACGCAUCCCGAUCGAAACGAUCGUGACGCAUCCGAAAUAUAGUGCACGCUCGAAGCGCAACGAUUUGGCGAUCAUCCGUUUGCAGUACCCCGCCAUCAUCGGGUACAAUGUUAUUCCAAUCUGCUUGCCGCUAACGGAACAGCUGCGUGCCUACCGGCCGGCCGACUCGUUCGUCACUGGCUGGGGAUUGACGGAGACGGGACAGCGGUCGGCCGUGCUGCGGUACGCCAUCCUGCCUGCCCUGCCGCUGCCCGACUGCGCGAUGCGCAUCAAGGAGCUGGACCGGAUCAUCGUGCUGGACGAUGGGCAUCUGUGCGCGGGCGGGAAUAACAGGACGGCCCACUGCCACGGUGACAGCGGGGGACCGCUGCAGUACGUGUCCGAUUCGACGCGCUUCGUCCUGCAGGGAGUGGUUUCGUUCGGUGUGAAAUCCUGCGGCACCAAGAUAGCGCCGGGCGUGUUCGCUAAUGUGACACACUUUAUAGAUUGGAUUGUGCAGGAAGCUAAUGUGCUGAAUUAGAGAAGGAUACUGGGUGGAAUAAGAACAAGAAAUAUGUUUGUCUGGGCACACGAACAAAGUACUUACUUGAAUAAAUUAAACAUAAUUUGCAUGCAAUGGUUGG